UUUCUAUAUACUAUGAUUCUUCUUGUGCUACUCUCAACGUUUGAGAAGUCUCACAAGGAACACAAGAGGCAACACCCCACGCUCCCUCAUUUAUUAUCUUCACCUCUUUCACUCCUCUUAACCUCCAAAACACUGAGAGUGCACAACAACAUCUUAGGACUUUCUGGUUUUUCAUGUACUUCUUAGUUUGAAAAGACUUUGAGACACAUAGUUAGUGAGACCCAGAAAGAGAGAGUCAUGGAAUUGGGUGUCUUUAGGGUUUUUGUUGGUGCUUCAGUACUUGUUUUCUUGGGUGGUGUUGAAGUGGGCUUCUCACAAAGUGAAGCAUAUGCAAGGAAUUAUAUAAGCUGGGAUGAUUUGAAGGUGGAUGAGCCGAAGGUGGGGCUGAACUCCAGAAAUGAAUUCGUUAACGGAAGCCGGGUCAUUGUGGUGGACAAGAAUGGAGGAGGAGAUUCUCUUACAGUUCAAGGAGCAGUUGAUAUGGUUCCAGAACAGAAUACAGACAGAGUCAAAAUUUACAUUCUUCCUGGAAUUUACAGAGAGAAGGUACUUGUACCGAUUUCCAAGCCAUACAUAUCAUUCAUUGGGAACCAGAAUCAAACUUCUGAUACUGUAAUUACUUGGAACAACAAGGCAUCUGAUAAGGACGUUACCGGUUAUGAACUUGGAACAUAUAGAACUGCUUCUGUAGCUAUAGAGGCUGAUUACUUCUGUGCAACUGGGAUCACUUUUGAGAACUCAGUGGUUGCAGUACCUGGAGGAUAUGGAAUGCAAGCAGUGGCUCUUAGAGUUGCAGGUGAUAAAGCCAUGUUCUACAGAGUAAAGGUGUUGGGGACACAAGAUACACUCUUGGAUGAGACUGGAUCACACUACUUCUACCGAAGUCACAUUCAAGGAAGUGUAGACUUCAUAUUUGGUAGAUCAAAAUCACUCUACCAGGAAUGUGUUCUUCAAUCAACGGCAAUGAAAUCGGGAGCAAUAGCAGCUCAUCACAGGGACUCACCAUUUGAAGAUACAGGGUUCUCUUUUAUGAACUGCAAAAUCAUUGGAACUGGCAGUAUCUUAUUGGGAAGAGCUUGGGGUCCUUAUUCAAGAGCAGUGUAUUCCUACUGUCAUUUCGACGACAUAAUAACUCCCUCGGGGUGGAGUGACUGGAACCACCCAGAGAGACAGAAGACUGUGGAAUUUGGAGAAUACCACUGCAGGGGCAGAGGAGCAGCAGAGAGAAGAGGGAGGGUGCCAUGGUUGAAGUCUUACAGCUUUGAGGAGAUAAGGCCUUUUCUGGAUACCAAAUUCAUAUAUGGAGAGCAAUGGCUUAGACUAUAGUUCUGUUCAUUAUUGUAUUAUUAUUUCCUAUCCUCAUUUUUACCUCCACCACUAUGGAAAUGCAAAUAGGCUAAGUAUAUAUAUAGGGGACUAAGAUCGUGGGACAUAUAUAAGUGAAGUAAAUUUUGUGUGUAUAUUUUUCUUUUUGUUUUCCAGUCUAUACCAUUUUUUCUUUUUUCCUCCAACCUCUGUACUGAUACUA